CUGGGAAAGGGGACGAGACGCGUAGCGAGAAACCGCCGCACGAUGAAGAGCGUAUCAAUCGACUUCACAAGGAGCAGGAGCUCAUAGAGAUGAGCGAAAUAGAGUGGGUUCGAGGCGGCGGAGUUCUGCGCGACGCACAAGGGCGCCGCGAUAAAGCCCGCACAGAACGUAUUCGCGCGGAGCUCAAGCUGCAAGAAGAAGAAAAGACAAAAAUAGGCAGAUGGAGGGAUUACGAUGAGCGGUGGAAAGCGCUGGCCGCGUCGGAUGAAGCUCUCUCAUUCGCAGAUAUCCCGUGGCCGCUUCGGACAGCGCCUUCUUCCAGAGAUACCGAUGCUUUCACGUUACCUGCGAUUUCGGAGUUCCUGUUCGAGUCUCUUUCUGUUCGGAGUAAUGCUGUUACGAAGAAGAGUAGGAUCCGCGGCUCCAUAUUGCGGUGGCAUCCUGAUAAGAGCUCGUUGGUCGUUGGCAGGGUUGUGGCUGAGGACGUGGAUGCUGUUCGAGAAGGCAUUCAUGCGGUGUUUCACUGCCUCAAGCGUCUACAGGAUGACGAAAGAGACAAUAAUAAUAGCGUGUAACAAAUUCAUCCCCUACUGGAACGAAAUCGAGGCUCAUCGUAGCACACGUACUUGCAUCUGGUCUUCCAGUAAGUAGUCAUAUCAUCGGUGGUAGGAGUCCAAGUCGACAAUGUCAUUUCAUUUCCAUUCACAAUGAGCUGGCUGUUGCAUACUGCUAAAUUCCUUGUGUCGCCUCGGACUAACUACUUAUCGGACUACAUCCAUAUUCAAGAGCAAUCGGAUUGACUCGGAGCAAGUACAGCACGGGCCCAGGGUAGGGUAGGCUUACUAGUACCCUCCGAUUACUUCCUCUGCUCAAGCUACUGCAAUAUACAUACUAGUGGUACAAUCGCACGGCUCAGCGGACGGUGUACCAUACAGAAAUAUAACAAUAACAUGCACUAUCGCAACAUAGCGGAUCUAUACUACUACUAGUACGAGUACUUGUGGCAACGUU